UUCACUUUCACUUUCAUUAGAAAUUAAUGAUAAUUUUCGUUGGAGCGCCUUUACACGUCAUUUGUCGGAAAGUCCGAAAUCGAUACCUCUGUAUACUGUCUACGUCAAUCUAAACAUGGCUGCCGGAGAGAGAAUAAGUUGCAAAGUAGUUACGAAGUUUUCAGACCUUCAUAACUAAUCUGUAUGGAUGCGAAUAAAACAAAAUAAAAAAUAAUGUUGUUGGAUAACUCGAGGCGCUACUGUCGAAAUCUGGCUGCUUUCGUUGCGUCAAAACCACCUUGUGUAAUUUUCAUAACCUUCCUGUGUUGCCUGGCUGUUGCAUUAUUUUGUUUAGGAUUUUACAUCAAGAGUAGAGAUAUUGUCGAUCCAGAAGCAGAAAAGGAUUGGAAUAAUUUUCUGGCUCGUCUCAGUGACAUUCAGUUUUGUUUUGAGUUGAAGCAUGAGAUAGGUUAUGUAAAUGCAUUGCCUCGCAUCUUCAAUAAAACAAAAAGAUCCAUUCAUGAUAAUGUACCUUCAACAAAUUAUUUACAACAAAUUUCAAUUCCACUGAAAGUUGGCAUUUAUGUAAGUGGAAACAACAAGCCUUAUAUCCAUGGUAACAUUUCCCACUUGACAGCACUUGUGAAUUCCCUCAACAUCAAAUCAGGAUAUUAUAAAGAGAAGAUAAAUUUGACAUUUUCACUACCACAAGUAUGGAACACUGAGAAGUGUGAAAAAGGAAAGUGUCAGCUACCAAAAGGAUAUUUUCAAAGUUGUGUUACUAUUCUUGCACCUAAAGAAGUCUUACCAGAAUGGAGACCAGAGACCUGUAACUCUUCAUCAAUCAUUUCAAUCGCAAAAGUUAAAGCUUUUUUGAAGAAAGAAGAGCACAAAAGAUGUCAUUCUGGUGCAUUUAUUUAUUUUAAGCAUCCCGUGGAUUUGGAAAUAACAGAGAAACUGCCCUUGGAUGAAAGGGAAAAAGCCAACUUGCAUUUGCAAGUAACAAGUUAUUUUCUAUUUAUUCUUGUUAUAACUUCACUCAUAUAUGGAAUGGUAAAAGGAAAGCCUGAAAAACCAAAGAAGGUUCAUUUUGAUAACACUGUUCUGCUGCAAAAGUAGCUGAAAUAAUAAAAUUGGAGGUAAAACAAAAUAAUAAGCCAUAAAAUGGCAUUUUCAUACAUGUUCACUGUUCAUCAUUAUUUAUACCUGUUACAUAAUACUACAAACAUUUUGUGUUGUAAUAUUAAUUAUAUUUAUAUGUAUGAAUUAAAAUCAAUUGAUUUUAAAAA